AUGGAAAUUAAUUGGGGCCAAACAACUCGACUCAAGCCUCGACCAGAAAGAGAGUUAGAAGAUCCACUCGUGCAGAGAAAAUCUACCCUAGCUGUGAAGCAUGUACUUAUGCAACCCAAAAGAGAAAGAAGCUGUGCCAAUGCAAUUAAGAUCCCAACUGGAUUGGCCCUACCCGGGCCCACUGUGGGCCAUACUCUCCACGUUCUACUCUCACCCCCUCCAACUAUAUUUAUACCUUCCACUCUUCUCUUGCACUCCACAACUUCCCUUCCCUUGUUUCUUCAGUUUGGUGCUUCAAUGGCUGACAAUGGAGGUUCCAUCUCUUCAAGAAGAAUGUGGUGUUCGGUUCCUGAGAGACUUCAGCUGCACUUGGCCAUGUUGGCCUUGCAGUUUGGCUAUGCUGGCUUUCAUGUCGUUUCUAGGGCUGCCCUUAAUAUGGGAAUUAGCAAGCUUGUCUUCCCAGUUUACAGGAACAUCAUAGCUUUGCUCCUGCUACUUCCUUUUGCAUAUUUUCUUGAAAAGAAAGAGAGGCCAGCCAUUACUCUUAACUUCCUCAUUCAGUUCUUUCUCCUGGCGCUAGUAGGAAUAACAGCAAACCAAGGAUUCUACUUGCUGGGCUUAGAUAACACUUCACCCACCUUCGCAUCAGCGAUCCAAAACUCCGUUCCAGCCAUUACCUUUCUCAUGGCAGCCCUGCUCCGGAUAGAGAAAGUGAGGCUAAACAGAAAAGAUGGAAUUGGAAAAAUAGUAGGAACAAUCUGCUGUGUAGCAGGGGCCACAGUUAUCACUUUAUACAAGGGUCCAGUCAUAUACAGCCCAGCUCCACGGCUAGACAGACCCAGCACACAGAUGUUUGUUUCUCUUGGAGAUGCGAGGGGCAAGAACUGGACCCUGGGUUGUAUCUACCUUAUUGGCCAUUGCUUGUCCUGGUCCGGGUGGCUAGUGUUGCAGGCUCCGGUUCUUAAGAAAUACCCAGCCAGGCUUUCUGUCACCUCUUAUACAUGCUUUUUUGGGCUUAUACAGUUCUUGAUCAUUGCUGCCUUCACUGAGAGGGAUCCACAAGCUUGGAUUUUUCACUCCGGAGGAGAACUCUUCACCAUCCUCUAUGCAGGAGUGGUGGCAUCAGGGAUUGCAUUCGCUGUACAGAUAUGGUGCAUUGACAGAGGUGGCCCUGUCUUCGUCGCUGUUUAUCAACCUGUUCAGACUCUUGUUGUCGCCAUUAUGGCUUCCAUUGCUUUAGCCGAAGAGUUCUAUCUCGGAGGGAUCAUUGGGGCAGUGCUAAUAAUAAUUGGAUUAUACCUUGUUCUAUGGGGCAAAAGUGAAGAAAAGAAAUUUGCAGCAAAGGAAAGUGCAGUGAUCCAGUCUGCGCCAGAGCACGCAAACCUCAGGCCACAAGCUCACAUCAAGACGUCCCUCACUCAGCCACUGCUCCCUCCGUCAACGGAAAAUGUUUGACCAGCAAAACCCUACCUUUAACGACCCAGUUGGCUGGAAAAGCAAGCAAAAGCUAAAAAACAAGCCACUACUUAUCAAGAAAGCUUGUGUGUGUAUGAAGAAGUUGUUCUAUUUCUUUUUUUUUUUUUUUGGCCUUGGUUUAGUAGGAGGUUGAGGACGGGGGAGAUUUUGAGGGGAUGAAAAUGAUGAUCAUUUGUUACUUUUCAUGUGGCCCUGUGAGGCCUGAAACCAACCCCUUUAUGCUUUUUAUAUGUUAAAAUAUGGUUUGUUUUUGAAAAAAAAAAAAAAAAAAAGGAUAUGCACAUUAUAAUCAUAGCUAUGCUCACAGUUCAUCGUGGUUUGAAUCUAAUGGACCCACGACUUCUUUGUACUGCCAUCAUAACCUUUCGCCCCUAAACAUAAUUUUGGUCGGCAAUUCAUUAAAUUUAUCAUUUAUUA